GGUUGAUGUAAUAUAUAUAGAAGAUAGUGAGGAAGAGUGGUGCUCAGAAGAUAAUAAAUAUGAAAAAAACUAUGAAGAUAAAGAAAGUUAUGAAGAUGAAAUAGAAAAAAUAGAUUAUAAAAGAACUAAAGAAGAAGAAAGACAAUGGAAUGCAUAG